CCUUUCAUUACAACUCCCCUUAUAUUCCAAACAACAAACCCAAAAAUCCCACCUUUGACCCCUUCACUUCUUCCUUUCUCUCUCUCUUCCCGCACCAUGCCCAAUGAAGAAGACUUGAACGACUCCAUGUCUCUCGACAACCGCCGCCACCCCACGACGGCCGUCCAUGCGCCGGCGGCGAAACCCAAAGGCGGCGCCCGCCUCCUCUCCAUCAUCCUCAGGUUCAUCGUGAUGCACAUAGUCCUCUCCUUCUUCUUCCUCUUCGCCGGCAUCGCCGUCUUCAUACUCAUCCUCCUAUGCAUAGCCGGCAAAUUCCUCCGCCACCGUCGCCGCCGCCGCUUCUUCCAACAACCAGAAAUCGAAAGGCGCGGCCUUUCGCGAGAAGAGAUUCGCUGCCUCCCCUGUUUCAGAUCCGCCGAGUUGGUCUCCGACGACUGCGUGGUGUGCUUGGAAGGGUUUAGGGAAGGGGAUUGGUGUAGGGUUCUUCCGGGUUGUAAGCAUUUGUUUCAUCGGAUUUGUGUUGAUCGGUGGCUGGAGAGAUCUAAGGUUUGUCCGAUCUGCCGCGGCGGAGUUGCCGCUAGGUGGAUCUGAUAGGCAGAUUUCUGUAAAUUUUUUUUUUAUUGGUAAUUUCUGUAUGAUUGUACAGAAGAUGGGUGUUUUUUUUGGUGAAAUAUGAAUCUGGCUGUAUUUUUUUCCUUUU